UUUUGAUACUGUCAAACUUUCCACACUGUUUUUGACUUGUUCGUCGUGUCGGUCGGUUCGUUCCUAAACGUUUUUCAAGAUAAAACCUAUUCUGAAAAUAAUUCAGCCGUGGUUUUAGACAAUUUAAGUAGUUGACCACAUAAGGAAUAUCGUCUCAAUAUGGCGGCUUCGAUUGCCGGUGUUUUUGAAGAAAAUCUGCAGAAAAAGAUUGUGGAUAGCAAGAUACUCGUCGUUGGUGCAGGUGGAAUUGGCUGUGAAGUUCUGAAAAACUUAGUGUUGUCCGGAUUCGCCGAUAUUGAAAUUAUCGAUUUGGACACAAUCGAUGUCAGCAACUUGAAUCGCCAAUUCCUAUUCCACAAAGAACAUGUUGGAAAAUCAAAGGCUGAAGUAGCUCGCAAGAGUGCAUUGAGCUUCAAUCCCAAUGUUCAGAUCAAGGCAUAUCAUGACAGCAUUCUCAGCACCGACUACGGUGUCAGCUUUUAUAAACGCUUCAAUGUUGUACUGAAUGCUCUGGACAAUCGCCAAGCACGCAACCAUGUCAACCGAAUGUGUCUCACAGCCGACGUUCCAUUGAUCGAAAGUGGAACAGCCGGUUACAAUGGCCAAAUUGAAUUGAUCAAAAAAGGAUUGUCUCAAUGCUACGAAUGUAAGCCGAAACCAACUCAGAAAACAUUUCCGGGCUGUACGAUUCGUAACACACCGUCGGAACCCAUUCAUUGUAUUGUAUGGGCUAAGCAUUUGUUUAAUCAAUUGUUUGGAGAGAGCAAUGCCGAUGAGGAGGUGUCACCAGACACUGCUGAUCCUGAAGCAGGGGCUGAAGCUGGUAAAGAAGCACUCGCUGCUGAAUCGACUGCAGAGGGAAAUGUUGAACGUACCAGCACACGAACAUGGGCUAUCUCAAAUGAUUACAAUCCGGAAAAAAUCUUCAACAAGCUGUUCAACGAAGACAUUAAAUACUUGCUGAGCAUGGAAACAUUGUGGAAGACACGAAAAGCGCCACAACCGAAACAAUGGGGUGAUUUCACCGAGGCCGGUUCUAGUGAAACUCACGUCGAUUCGACUCAGUCGCGUGAUCAGAAGAUUUGGACCAUUGAAGAAUGUGCCAAGGUCUUUGCGACCAGCAUAGAUUUCCUCAAGGAAGAAUUCAAAAAACUUGCUGAUGGCGAUCACUUAGUAUGGGACAAAGAUGACAAAUAUGCGAUGGAUUUUGUAGCGGCAUGUGCAAAUAUACGCUCGAACGUGUUUGGCAUCACGCAGAAGAGCCGCUUCGAAAUUAAAUCUAUGGCUGGCAAUAUUAUACCCGCCAUUGCGACAACAAAUGCUAUUACUGCCGGUAUUGUGGUUAUGCAUACAUUCAAAGUAUUGCAAGAAUUGUACGAUCAAUGUCAGUCGGUCUACAUUCGAUUGCGACUAACCGGGCGAAACAAAUUGUUCGAUCCAGAUAAAGUUAUGAUUCCACCCAAUCCAAAGUGCUAUGUUUGCUCGCCCAAACCGGAGAUUGUCCUCAAAGUUGACACGAAGAAAAUGACCGUUAAAAGUUUACGUGACGACGUUCUUAUCAAAGCGUUGAACAUGGUCGAGCCUGAUGUCACAAUCGACGGAAAGGGAGUGAUUGUCAUAUCAUCCGAAGAAGGCGAAACCGAUUCGAAUGACAACAUACUCCUGAAAGACAUCCAAAUUGUCGAUGGAUGCAUUCUCAAAGCCGACGAUUAUUUCCAAAAUUACGAGCUAAGCAUCACCAUUGUGCACAAGGAUGCGGAACGGGACGAUGCUGAAAUGUUCGAAGUGAUUGCUGAUCCGGAAUUAUUGAAACCGGAACAACAGAAGGAGAACGAUGAGUCGACAUCGAAAGAAAACGGAUCGAAGAGUUCGGCUGUUCAGCCAAUGCAAACAGACGACAACGACGACGAUAGCGAUUGCGUGAUUGAGGAUGAAGAAGACGUUUCGGUGAAGGCGCCCAGUGUACAUCCGAAGAAAAGAAAACUGAGCGACAACGGUCCGUCGGAAAAACGAUUAAAGUCAAACGAAGAAGACGAUGACCUAAUUCUCAUUGAUUAAAAAUUAAUAAUGCUGAGCAAUGAUGAUGAAGAAUGGAAUCUUUUUGAAAAUAAAUAUUUUUCUUGAAUUUAA